UUGAAACAACUUUUGAAAGUAUCUAAGAGUUACCAAAUUUCAAAAAAAGGACAGAGUAAUCUGCAAACUUAUCGAAUUUUUUAAAGUGCUCAUUUUAUCAUUAUAGUGGGGGUAAAAUAACGGAUUAUUGGUUUUGAUUUGCCAACGCGGACCAAUAUGAGCGUUUCCUUCCAUCUUACUUUACCAAUCCCGUUAUGCCACACAAACACAUGGUUGUAUUCAGUUUGGCGAAAGAGUAAAAGGUGUACGUUGUUUUUUCUUACAUUAAAUAAAUUAAAACAAACGUUUGCCUAUGCCUACAGCAGUAGUUCUAUUAUCGUUAGACUAAUAACUUUAAGAUAAAGAUAAAAAAUGAAACCAAGCAAAUUAAACAUGACCAUUAUUUGGUCAUUGCUGAUUAUUGUCAUAACUCUUAUUCAUAACAGCAGUGGAGUUGCUGUUAUGAGUAUUGAUAUUGGUAGCGAAUCAAUGAAAGUUGCCAUUGUUUCACCCGGUGUUCCAAUGGAAAUAGCUCUUAAUAAAGAAUCAAAGAGAAAAACACCAGUUACAAUAGCAUUUCGAAAUGGGGAAAGAAGCUUUGGAGAAGAUGCUCAAGUAGUAGGAAUUAAAUCACCACAAAGCAGUUUUUCUUAUAUAUUAGAUCUUUUAGGAAAAUCGAUAGAUAAUCCUAUGGUGCAACUUUAUAAAAAACGAUUUCCAUAUUAUGAUAUUAUUUCUGAUGAAGAACGUAAAACAAUUGCAUUCAGACUUGAUCAAAAUACUACAUAUACUCCAGAGGAAUUACUUGCACAAAUUUUGCAUAAAGGAAAAGAAUUCGCAGAAACUUCUGCAAAUCAAAAAAUUAGUGAAGCAGUAAUAGUUGUUCCAGGAUUUUUUAAUCAAAUUGAAAGAAGAGCUCUUGCUCAAGCAGCAGACCUUGCAGGAAUUAAAGUCUUGCAACUUAUUAAUGAUUAUACUGCUAUUGCAUUAAAUUAUGGAAUUUUCCGUAGCAAAGAAAUAAAUGAUACUGCACAUUACGUAAUGUUUUAUGACAUGGGAGCUAGUAGUACAACUGCAACAGUUGUUAGUUACCAAAAUGUAAAAACGAAGGAGAAAGGAUUUGUUGAAACUAAUCCACAUGUGUCUAUUUUGGGAGUGGGUUAUGAUCGCACUUUGGGAGGACUAGAAGUACAACUUAGAUUACAACAUCAUUUGGCUAAAGAAUUUGAUGCAUUAAAUAAAACGUCGAAUUCUGUAUUUAACAGCCCAAAAGCAAUGGCAAAACUUUUUAAAGAAGCUGGUCGUGUCAAAAAUGUAUUGAGUGCAAAUACAGAUCAUUUUGCUCAAGUGGAAGGAUUGAUAGAGGAACAUGAUUUCAAGCUACAAGUUACAAGAGAAAAGUUGGAGCAACUUUGUUCUGAUUUAUUUGAACGUGUACAGGAUCCUAUCAAUAUUGCUUUAAAAACAUCAGGUUUGACAAUGGAUGUUAUAUCUCAAGUUGUAUUAGUAGGAGCUGGUACAAGAAUGCCAAAGAUACAAGAGUAUUUAAGUCAGUAUUUAACAGUUGAAUUAUCUAAAAAUAUUAAUACAGAUGAGGCAGCUACGUUAGGAGCAGUAUAUAAAGCUGCAGAUCUUAGUAAAGGGUUUAAAGUAAAGAAGUUUGUUACUAGAGAUGCUGUAUUGUUUCCUAUACAGAUUACUUUUGAUAGAACUGUUGAUAACAAAGUGAAACAAGUUAAAAAAUCAUUAUUCAGCAAGAUGAAUCCAUAUCCGCAAAAGAAAAUUAUCACAUUUAAUAAAUAUUUAGACAAUUUUCAAUUUCAUAUUAAUUAUGCUGAAUUGGACUACUUACCCCCUCAUGAAGUAGCUGCUAUUGGUAAUACAAAUAUAUCGACUAUAAUUUUAUCCGGUGUAGCUGAAGCUUUAGACAAGCAUAUUAAAGAAGGUGCAGAAAGUAAAGGGAUUAAGGCACAUUUUGCUAUGGAUGAUAGUGGCAUACUCAAUUUGGUGAAUGUAGAAUUAGUAUCAGAAAAAUCAAGUUCAACUUCUGACGAAGAAGAGGGUACUUUCUCAAUACUUGGCUCAACUAUUAGUAAACUUUUUGCAGGAUCAGAAGAUAAAGAAGGAAAAGCAGAAAAACCAGUAAAAGAAGACAUAAAACCAGUUCACGAAGAACCAGAAUAUCCUGAGUCACAAAAAGAAACAGAAGAUAAAACAAAGAAACAGAAUGAGACUACGACUACUGAAGAUAAAGCAGCAAAUAAAACCGAAAAAGUAGAAAAAGAGAAAGAAAAGAAAGCUACGAUUGUAACGAUCAAAGAGCCCAUUAAAGCUGAUGAGAUCAAAUUAGGACCUCAGAUUCUAUUCGGAGAUAAACUUGUUGACUCUCGUGAUAAAUUACAUCGUUUAGACGUAUAUGAUUUUGAGAAAACGAGACGUGAAACAGCUUUGAACAAUUUAGAAACAUUUAUAAUUGAUGCUCAACAAAGAUUAGAAUCUGAAGAAUAUGCUGGUGCAGCUACAUCUAAAGAAGCAGAAAGUAUAUUGAAAGCCUGUUCUGAAAUUUCUGAAUGGUUGUACGAAGAUGGAUUCACAGCAACCGCUGAAGUAUACGAAGAGAAAUUGUCAGAACUCCAAAAAUUAACCAAUGAUGUGUAUGAACGCGUCUAUGAACACAGAGAACGACCAGAAGUAUUAAAGGGCAUGACUUCUAUGUUAAACGCAAGCACAACAUUUUUAAAUAAUAUGAAAAAUUUAAGUUUGUCCAGUGACAUAUUUACACAAGUCGAAAUAGAAACGCUAGAAAAAGUGAUUAAUGAAACUCAAGAAUAUUACGACACAGUCGUUAAAUCGUUUGCGGAGACAGCAUUACACGAGUCAGUAACAUACAAAAUUCGUGAUAUCGCGAAGAAGAUGGCGGUACUCGAUAGGGAAGUGAAAUACCUCAUAAAUAAAGCAAAAAUAUGGAGACCAAAACAAGAUGCCGCGACAAAUCAUACAGCGAGCACAAGUGAAAAUGCAACAGACACGAAAGAACAAUCCGAAUCUGUUCCUAAAACUGAUUCUCAACCGGACAAAAGUUCAAAAGAACAUACAUCUAAUGACGCGGAAGUACAAAAUGAAAAAUCAGAAGAAUCGACAAAAACAGUAAAAGAUAACGAAUCUCAGACUAACCCAAAAAAUACCCAAGAAGAGAUACAUCAAGAACUUUAAGAUGAAGUUUAUUUGAAGUGGGUGAUUUUAAUUAUUGACCGGUUGUGUUUCGGUUAAUAAAUUAGCCAAUUUAUUAUGUCGUAGAACAGGAUAAUGAAUGCAUUUAAAAAUUGAAAUUGAAUAACACAAAAUUUAUGCGUUGCUGUGGUUGGUUGAAUUAUUUCGUGGAUGUGAAUAUUGAAGUGUUAUUGUAUUUAAUUAUUCGUAUAUCAAUAAGGAACAUUUAAUUCACUUGUUUAAUAUUAAACAAAGUAACAAAAUAUCUUACAGGAUUUUCCGUACAGAAAACACGAAAACCGACCAUCCUAUGGAAAAGUUUAUUUUAAGUGCCAAUUAAUAGCAGGUUUGAACAUUGUAUCUGUAAUUAUAAAUGAUUUCAGACAGCCGUAAUACGAUCAAGCAACAGUGUGUUUAAUAGCCGAAUAAAUUAAUUGCAUAAUAUUGUUGUUUACAAGCGAUGUAACGUUCUACUUGGUCGGAUUUCAUCUACUGUGAAUAUAAUAUUUAAUUGUGAUAUUUCUUGAUACUAUAUUCUUAGAUAUACUCUAUCUUAUAGCUGAAAAAUGAUUUUUUACAUUUACAUCAUAUAUUAUAAUUACACACGCAAACGUACAAGCCCGUCUUUAUCAGGAAAAUGUAAUAUUUUAUUUCUGUGUUCCUAAUUAAUUAUUACUACAAAACGCCUAAUUUUGAAGAAUUACGUCUGUGCUCCAUUAUCUUGACAAUACAGAUUAUUCUGAUCGAGUUAAUAACGAAAAACGCAUAAUAUCCGUUAUGGUUAAUUUCAAAUGGGGUUUUAUUACUCCAAAUGUCAUUUGCAUAAAUUAAGUUGCAACUGGUGUGCAAAUAAUUUACUUUUAUUGAAUUUGAUACAGUUAAUUUAAAUCAUUCCAAUGAGCAUAAUUGUAAUUUAAAACUUUAAUUAUGUUAUUUAUUAUGUUGGAUGAAUAAAAAGGUGUGUAAAGUA